AUGAGUUCAAAUAUGCAUAUCGAUAAUCCACCCUAUAUUCCAAUCAAUAUUAAUUAAUAAGAGAGUAACAAACAAGAACAAUUCAUCAUAAUAAUAUCAAUAACACAAUCAUUAUCAACAUUAAUUAUCAAGGUGAACAUAAUGCAUAGUCAAAUGAUCCAAUGGAUUCGAGUUUUAAUUUGCUCUUAUUCUAAAGUAUAAUUUGAUAUGCAAAUCUUUAUGCAAACAACAAUGAUUGCUUAAACUAAAAUUUCUACAGAUUGA